CUUCCUGCACUGUUUGGGUCUGUCCGGUGUCCCCGUCGCUAACCGGGACCCAUGUCCUCAGGGGAAAGCAGUGAACCCUGACACAGUCGCUCAGCUCCACUGGUUCCAUACUGGUGCGUCCCGUUGCGCACAAGAGCGCUUGAACCAAACACUGCACGCUUCCAGUGACGUUUUUCGGAUUUCUUCAGACCUGUGGACGGCUUGUUGGAGAGAGAGUUGCAACUUUACGACUCAUUAUGUUUCACGUCUGGAUGACUCGGUGACAGGAGGACUCGGGGGAGUUGAGGUAGCCUACAGCAGGAACAAGGAGCAGCCUCGGCUCUCCCCCGAGCGGUUUGCGCAGGGUGACACAGUGAAGCUUUUAUUGGGGCUGAUUGACCGUGCGGCCGCAUUACAUGGGCUUCUUAACCAGCAGUCAUUUAUGAUGCUACCAAUUACUCGUUGAGCUCUUGUUAGUUGCCGUUCCCUUCACUUCCUCGCUUCAAAACUUCAGCCAGUGGAUCGUUUUGAGAGCGACAGGAUGGGCUCGCAAACCUGCACAGCUCUGCAGAAACAGGCGCUCCUGUGGUUCGUUAUAGCAGUGUCUCAGUGUGUGUCAGCACUGGGCUGUGGACCUCACUACGAAUACGCUAUUGAGGAUUUCUGCCUGGGCAAGUUCAGACUGGACAUGCAAGAGCUGGAUCAGAGACACUGGUGUAACUGGGAGGACACAGUCGAGCUCUACGAGGAGCUGACAAACUGCACGUACUUGGUAGCGCUGAAGAUGGACUGCUUCUGGCCCAACCGGCUGGUGGAUGAGUUCUUCAUCCGCAUCCACAGGCACUACUUUCACGACUGCUCUCUGACCGGACGGCUUCCCAUGGACCCUCCCAACCGCAUCCUGGGUCCGUUUAUUGUUGUGCCCAUCCUGGUCACCCUUCUGAUGACGGCACUGGUGGUGUGGAGGAGCAAGCGCAGUGAGGGGAUUGUGUAGGAAGGAAGAAGUUCCCAAGACUCAAGACAAGAGGUGCUUUCUGUCACGCCACUCUCACCUUCAGUGACCAAAGAAUCUCUUCUCCUGAGUGUCAGUGUUUGGGUAAAACACAAAGGACCAGAAUCUCUAUAUCAUGGACCCAGAAGAGGAAAUAAAUGAGACUAAAAACCAUAUACUACUUCAGUGAUGCUUCAUUGUAUCCACACCAGAGUGAAGGCUUUACAGCUCCUGCUCCUUCCACAUGGAUUGAAGUCAUUUCUUUGGUUUACAGAGCACAAAGGUCACCUGCAUCGGGUCUGGACCAGAACAGGAAACGGCUAAAAGGACAUUGUAAACACAAAAAUCUCUUUGCUGAGAGAAAUUGCUUGCAAAUCAUUUUGGAUGUGAUGCUAAUCAAUUUACACACAUGCACACACACACACACACACACACACACACACACACACACACACACACACACACACACGCAAACAGGAGUUUUACAACUAUUCUUGGAAACCAUGAGCAUCACCUCACACAUCAACAGAGACUCAAACGACGAGGAUACAGCAGGAGACAAAGUUUAGAUUUCUGUUAGGGAACCCAGGGAAAUGAACUGUGUGUGUAUGCAGCAUACCAUAAAUAUAUACACUAUAUACAAUGUGAGAUUGUCUUUGUAACAUAACCGAGACAACAAAUUAUAGGUCAAUACAUUUAUUUCUGUCAGAUAUUAAAUUUUGUGAUUUCUUGUAGUCGCUUUAACAGACGUGUGUAUUAUAUUUAUAUAUAUAAUAUACAGUUUAUUAAUCAUGCAUAUGCUAAAGCAACACAAUUAAGAGCAGAGACAUCCUGACUCAUAUGUCAGGACUGCAUCUCGAUCUUUCUUCGCUUGCAGGGAUUGAGGCCCCGAUUUCGAAAGGACUUUGAUGAUGUUGUGUUUUGCAGCUUCCAUCAGGGAUUAAAAAAACAAAAACAAGAGCAAAGACUUGCAAACUCACAAUGGAAAACUCACAGAGAACAUAAAGCAGUGGGUUAAGUUAGCCAACAAACACCCCUGCCAAAUGUUGCCAUAGCCUAAAGCAGAGUUUGUCUAUCGUGAACCUUAGGCUUCAAUCGAUUCAUGAUCUCCAAGUGCGGCAGAGUGUGCCGUGCAAUCUGUUUCCUCAUUGAUAUUUUCAAAUGCUCUCUUCCCUUUAUAGAUUCAUUGACCUGUCAGAAACACACCCACACUUUCCUGACACGAUCUUUUCUUGUUGCUUGUGCCAAAAGUUCUUGGAAAAAUAAAGGGCGGUGCUUCUUGUGUCUAA